UCACUAGUGUACAUUAGGGCAGAAAGUUCAGCAAUAAAGAACAAAUCUUCAGUUUUCUCUCUGGUAUAACCUAUGGAGUUUUGUUGUAAUUUUUUUCAAGUUGAAAACAUUCUUUAUAUAAAAAAAGUCGUAGACUACGGAGUCCGAACAAGGAUUAAUCCUCUAACAAAUUGCACGAACGUUGCAGCCAAAUGGGUAUUGGAAACAAGACGGAACAGAGAUUAUUACUGUCUUAUUGUUCCUUCACUUGCAUCUAUCUUUCCGGAAUCUUGACAUUAGUGAAAUUCAAUGAUAAUUUAUGCAGUGUUGGUAAAUACAAAUUUUUACCCGUACUACUGAUACUAAUGUUCGCCGAAGUGAUAAAAUUACUGUUUCCUAUGCUUCAAAUGGAAGCACCUGUUAUUAUUAAGAUUGAACAACGAAAUUCGCCAAAAGCCAAGAAAUCCUGGACAAAGAAUAUGAGAGAGAUCCUUAAGUUCUCGCUCACUGCGUUUGUAUUGUCAAUAGUUUAUUAUAUAAUGAUUGUCUUGUUUGGUGCACCUGUACUGACUGAUCACGAAGAAACAACAAUGCUUGUAAUCACAUUGAUGAUUUUAACUUUUGUCGCUACCAGUCUGCAUUUAGGAGUGGAUAAUACAUUGGAUGUCUUAAUAGGACCUUAUUUUCAAAAGAACAGUAUCCUUGCAAAUGCUUUAAGGACCAAUAUACAAGCGACAAUAUUGGGCACAUGGCUAGGUGCUAUCGUGAAUCCUUUGGAUUGGGAUCGUCCUUGGCAAGCUUGGCCAAUUCCUUGCAUAAUUGGUGCACUGCUUGGAUACUUAAUCGCCCACUUUAUUACUCUUGUUAAGAUGUUUCCUACACCCAAACUACAUAAAAAAGUUCAUCAAUGAUAAAGAAAUUUGUGCAGAGACUUGUUAAAAAGUAUCAUAAUUUUGCAAAUAAAAAUUAUUUUUUAAAUUAACAAA